UCCGCUAAAUCUUCCCUUCGGACGUAUCAUUGUGUCAUAUAUGUGCUCGCGAUAAAUGUGUGCUAACAACGAAAGAUAAUUACUAUCAUUUCCGCGGUUCCGAAUACAAGCGAAUAAAACUUCAGACACACAAUUCGUAUACUGCUCCAGGACUUGUUACCGAACAGGUGACCCCCACUUGUGCGCAUACUACCGCAGUAAUAGUGAAACACAAAAGCAAAAUCAAACGUUUUUGGUGGUGUGCUGGUGUUAAAGAACAACCGAAUAUCCGUACGGUCGAAAGUGCAAAAACCGUAAAGUGUGAACACUUGCAGCGAGUAGUUUCUUGCCGACCAGGGUACAGUAAUAGUUCAGACAAUUUCACUUGUUUUCGAUUUUUGGAACGCCACCCUCAACAUAAUAGUGAAGGUUCAUUGAAGGGAUAAAAAAAAUACUAACUCUUCUGUGUGUGCGUGUGUGUGUGUGUAAAUGUUUUGUGUCGUGUAUGUGAAAAAGCUUCAAGUAGCCGAAUGGCGCAGCAGCAACCAUCAACUUCGAUGCUUCGAUGGUGAAUAAAGUCACUCGUCACAGAAAUAAAAAAGCUCACCUUAACUGCACAGUUUGGCUACAGUGUUCACACGCGCCCGUUACACAAAUGUCGUAUGCGAAAAUGUCUCAUGAUAAAACACGGACAGCUGUAGCAAAAGAAAGUGAAAACAUCUUUGCUGCCUAAGUUCCGCCGUGCGCAGGGUGGAUAGUUGGAAAGGUGUGUGCUAGGUAGCAUACAAGUCUUUUAUGUGCAAGCGUGAGUGCGCGCGUGUACAUUUCCCCGAGCAGUGCAUCAUUUUUCUUCAGCGCGUUAUGUUUUUGUUCUAUUGGUUGGAAUACGAUUUUGUAUAAUCAAGUGCAAUAUAUUCGUUUAAUUUCGCUAUCGUCUGGGUGAGAAGUGUGAUUAGCCGACGACGAGCAAAAUUCGUCUUCUUUCUCCACUGUACCACCUACGCCUGGUGCAUGUCAUGUGAGGUGGGAAAAGGAAACGAGCGUACCGUAAAACUGUAGCGGAACAUCUACAAUCAAACUUGUUCGGAUAAUCCGGAAGGUGGUUGGUACCAUUAGCCAAAAAAAAAGGACCAACAGCAUCCCACAAUCAAACAUUGGAGUAUCGUCUCAUCAAACAAUUAUUCGGACCGUGCGUGACAAAAUUGCUGUUGAUCGCGAGGCAGAAGUUUGUUAGUGACGCGUAUACGCACAACACAUUCCGGUCUAUCAGUGGUGUGUGGAGCGUUGUGUGGCGAUAGUGUAGUUUUCCAAAGCGAAAAUACACACUAGUAUGUGUAUUUGGUGGCUGAUAUCAGCAAGAGAGCAAAGCAGAAAACUAUAGCCCACGAGCGAGGAAACCGAUACGGGAGAAAAAGGAUCGAUAGGCGGUAAUUAUUCAUCCGCUUUUGUGCAAUCCUCCUGAUUAGUCGGUUCCCACACUACUAUCAACCUUCCAUCAGUGAGGUUCCGCGUAUAAAAACAACAGAGCAGCUAGCCGAAAAAAUCGCGAAUAAAAUAACUGUUACGGUGUUUGGUGUGUAUGCCUACUGUGUUUUUUGGUGAAAUAGACAAAAAUACUACUGCCACGACGGUGUUAAAAAGGAACAUCUCUUCAAGAAAUAUUUGAAGUUUGCCCAGUAAGCAAUUUUUAUCCAGAAAGUACGAAUUUUGAAAUUUGAAUCAUAGAUUCCAGAUACAGAGAGUUGCUUAUGGUGUCAAACCUGGAACAUUGGUUUGAGCUGAGCAAGAUGGAUGCCAUGGACGAUGCUGUCUCGAGUGAUUUCAUCAUGUUAGACCCGAAAAUUGAAUUAGAAGAGUUAAUAAAGUUAGACAUCACUGUGAAUGAUGCCGAAGCGGGACGAAUCGCAGAAGGCGGUGGUGUGACGGGGUGUACCGUGCCAGGGAUGGAAAGUACCAUACCCGUUAGUUUGGACUUCAACAUGUCCCGCAUGAACAUGGCCUGCACAAACUAUCCUAUCGGCUUUUACGAUAGUCUCAAACAACCUGAUCAGAAACCACAAAUCCGACACGAUUGCAUGUGGGCCGGCACGUGUGCGGAUUUAUCACAUCCGGAAAAGAGCAGUGCGGGAUGCGGAGGAUGCACUCGUCACAACCUGCUUCAACAACAGCAGCAACAACAACAACCACCACAGUCUUCAGUAGCUGAUACCUACGAAAAUAUGACGCUGUUGGCUUCGAAGAACUUUCUUAAAGCAACAAAUUUUGUGGAACCUCCAGCAGGAGCAGCUGGUGAAAUAGUGAAGAGUAUGGUGGGCAGUGUGGAGGGAAGCUGUACACUUCCUACUUCCCAAACUUUGCCAGUAGCCCAGAAAUCUGCAAUAAAUAGUAUGCGGACGCCGUUCAAAGCGGCGCAAAGCUCAGCUCAGAUACCUGCUGGAAGCUCUCUCCUCAUCAAACGUCCGCUGUCCUCCGCCAUGCUUAGUCAGAGCUGUAAACAGUUACCACCAUCGCCGCCAUCAUCAUCGGACAGCUGUAUCAGCUCCAGCGAAAGUGGCAGUGAAGCAGGUGAUCCGAAUCUACAGGUGAUACAUGUACCACAUCUUUCGCGUGGAUCCUUCCUAGCGGGACGUGAGCAGGAAGCACGCAGUAUAGCGGUCCAAAACCAUGCACGGCCCGAUACUCCACUUAGUCUGGAUGAUGAUCCUCCCGAGUUCAAGCAUAACCUCGACCUAGUGGCUACAUGCACCAUAGGAUCGAACCAGCAGAGCCUGCUGCAUACCGCAUCUUCAUCGUCAUUGGCAACUUCCAGCUCGUCGGGUGUACCAACUUCCUCCGUCAAUGAUAACACAACCACUGCCGGUGCCCACCACAUCGGUACCAGCUUCAGCUCAGCAACAACGUCCGAUGCAGAAUCUCGUACAGGUGCGCUUUACGGUCGUUUGGGUGAAAGCUGUAAUUGCAAUGGUGAAAGUAGCACUAACAUCAGCAAUACAGGUGGAGUCGGUUGCCAUACUACCCAGUGUUACUACAAUUACCUGCAGGAUACGAGCAGUGUAGAGGACAUACGUAAUAAGCAGCAUCAGUUGCGUGAGCAAGUGCGACUGCUCGAUGAUCCGCAAAGCUUGGGUUCGUCCUCGAACCACCACCAUUAUCAUCAUCACCACGCACCCAAUCAUCAACAGCGAUCAGAUUCGCCAGACAGACAGCUAGAACAGCUGCUGAUCGAUUUGCGCGAGAUAGAGAGAAGUAGUGAGACGCGCUGCUACCUAAUGGAUGAUCACCACCAUGCCCUGACGGAGGCUUCCAGUGUUCUUGCAAAAGACAAUUUGCAACUCCUACUGCACUCGCAACAGCACCAACAUCAACAUCAACAGCAGCAACACGGAGAGCGCAAUCAAUCAUCGCUAGCGCCGUGCGGAGGUGGGUUGAGCGGUGGUGCGCAUGCUGCCUGCAACAAGAAGGAGUGCUGCUGGAGCAGUCUGGAGCUGUCCCAUCAUCUGGAGUCACCCAAUAAUGAGCGUAAGCGGCGGCAUCAGUUCGCCCACCGGCGGCGGAGCAUAACCGCUCGUGGGUGGAUAAGCGAUGACGAUGAAGACGAGGAAGAUGAUCUGCUGAAACAGUUGGAAGAAGGUGAAGAUGAUUAUGAGAAACAUUUGGAACAGAUAGCGCCCGAUAUCAAUCACGCGUACCCCAACCAAGCCUGGGACGACGACGAAGAAGAGGACGAUGAAGAGGAUGAAGACGAAGAGGAGAGUGAGGAGGAUGAUGACGAAAAGGAUGAUCAAGAGGUGGAUGAAGAUGAUGAGGUGGAGGAAGACGCACAGCACGGCAGCAUGUACGAUGAUAGUCGUCCGAGCAGGAGCAAAAGCAGAAGCUCCCGGAAUCGGUAUCACAAUCAAUAUGGCAAUCCUCAGCAUAGGCGGAUAGCACGCGCAUCCUACCGUCCGUACGACGGUGAGGUACAUGGCAAUGACAAGAGCCAGAAGCAGCCAGCUACCAAUUUGCUUGCGAACGGUUCAAUCAGUACGAUCAUCGCCGGUUCCGGUGCAUCACUGAAGUCAUCGAUCCUCGGUUCGAAAAACUAUACGAACUGCGCCACUAACGGCAGUUUGAGCAACGCUGUUGUAACUUCUAUUGCUGGCAUCGCGCAACAGCCAGCUAGUGCCAACAACAACUCCUAUCAGGCGACACACUUUGGCGAUCAUAGCUACACCCGCCCGAAGGGUGGCUACAACAUGAACGAGCUUGGCGUACAGACACCAUCUGACUCUGAUGAAGAAAUCGAUGUGGUGUCUGUUGGUGAUAAAAACCUUCCGACAAACCCGACCGAACGUGACUACCGUCAUUUGCAAUCAGAGGUGGCGAGCAAGAUACGCACGGCAUCGUCUCGCAGCACCACGAAUGGUUCGCUGCAGUACGGUUCCAGUUCGCACCAUAAUCACUACCAGCGUCAGCAUCAGCUGGCAGAUGGUCCGAGACAGGGCCUUAACCAACUCGGCGGUAUCUACCCAACGCCGGCCGGUUCAACGACGAUAUCUGGUGCCAACACACCGCUACCAACGAGAAGCGGUGGUGCUAGUGCCGCAUCUUCACCGCCGCCCGCCUGCACCACCAAUUCGUCCGGUUCGUCCUCAUCGCGGAAAAGGCCGUUAGGUGGUGGUAGCAGCAAACGUUCGUCCAACUCGAGCAAACGAAUGCGGUUGGCACAUGCGAAGCGCGGUGACGCUGGCCGGUACGAUUCGUGUGCCCAGGCACUGGCCGAAGAGCUGGAUACCGUGGAGAAACGCAACCUACACAAUAACCUCGAACGGCAGCGCCGUAUCGGGUUGAAGAAUUUGUUCGAGGAGCUGAAACGUCAGAUACCGCAACUGCGCGACAAGGACCGUGCGCCGAAGGUAAACAUUCUGCGUGAGGCUGCUGCCCUCUGCACCCGUUUAAAUCAGGAGGCCGAACAACUGAAUGAGCUUCGCCAGCAGCAGAUAAAGCUGUACGAACGAGUGCGCUUCUUGCGUGCCUAAUCGCCCAGUUGUUGUCCGCUCAGUGGUGGAGUAAAGUUUGGAGGUGAGCAAUGUAAAUAGAUGUCGGGAAGGAAAAGAGACGAGAAAGAGAAGGACGAGUGAUACAUAGAAAAGAUGUUGACUCCCACACGUGUCGGGUAUGUUUGGGGUACACACAUGACCUUGUUUUUUUUUUGGUUUUGCUAUUUACAUUGGCAAAACCAUGGAGAGACAAAUAGAAUAAACAAUUUAAAUUGUUUAGAGCUUAGGAGAAACAAGGGAAAUUAACGGAAAUGAAAAAAAAACUAAUAGUUCCUGAUUUUUGUCUUGGUUUGUUUGUAAACAAAGUCAAGCUUCAAGUGUUAUUCAUAAUUUGUUCGUUACGAUUGUACAAAGGUGGUUAAUAUUGGAAUAAGACAUUUUCGGAUCUAAAGAAUAUUAGAUCGUUUAUAAACAGGAUACCAUGAAAUCCUUAAAUUCAUCCUGUAGAUCCUAUCAAAUGUAGCGUUGACCAUCCGCUUAAGUUUUUUUUUAUUAUAUUUUUCUUUUUAUCUUCAUUUUUCAACGAAAGAGAUGGGAGGGGAUCGAUUCUUUCAGAAUUGCGAUGCGCAGCAGAAGCUCGCCAAAAGCGGUAGCAGAGGCCCCUUACAUGAAUUCAUUUAUUUUUCCACUUUGCUUGUCGGUCUAAUCCGUUAUGCUACUAGGCUUAAGAUUGCGCAGUUAAAAACGCUAAGACGACAGAAAAGAAUAUAGGUUAUUAUGAAAGUUGUAAGUAAUGUGCACGAUAGAUAUGACAGCCUUAUGCUUGUAGAAUACGUCAAAAAGGCUAGGCUAGCCUAGCUCGAAUCGAAGUAAAAUGAAGGUGGAAUCGCUCACCGCGGGAUUCGUUCACACCUAGGGGCGUUAAAUUUUGAGUUUAUUUUUUUAAACAUCUUUUCCGAUCGAUUGCUUGCUGCUGGGCGGUACUAUUACAAAUAUACUUUUCGUUUGAAGAAAUCGCGGCAGUGAUUUUAUAGAGAAGAAUAAUAACAGGACGCUGGAAAGCAAACCAAGUUGUCUUGUAACAUUAGACUCUCUCGUUAUUUUCCUUUCUUCGGCAUUACGCUCUAAAAUGCAAAACGUAAUGGCUUGCUUAAGGUAAUCAUAAGAGAACAUUGUUUCAUGCGUAGCGUGAACAUCGGGGAGAACAUAAACUGCAUUUAAUCAAGCUUCUAAACUAUUGGUGAAGCUAUUGUACAUUCACAAACUAAAAACACGUUUGCAUAUUAGAUACUGUACAUAAGAGAAUGCAUUUGAUUUGAGAACGUAUAAACAACAACAUACACACAUCUACACAAACAGAUAGGGUAGGAUAUAAAAAUGCGAACAUACAUACAUAUUUGCUGUACUUUGUAAGUAUAUAGACAUAGGGGGAGAUACAAAACUUGUACAUACUACGAUGUUGAUUGAUAAACUGAGUCGUAAGAUAUAGGGAUUAUCGAAUAUAAACAUUAUAGUUUCUUUCACAUUUUUACAGUACGCAUCCAUGCGAAAGCACAUGGAUGUGUUGAUGUGGGUGUGGGGAGUAGCAGCGAAGCAGUUGAAUUAACAAUUUGACAAACAUACUGUAUGCAAUUAUUAUUAUUUUUCAUAAUCUUUUUCAAAAACAACAAUUUCAAUUCAUUGUUCUUUUUCUCAUAUUGUUACACUUUCUAAGCAACAUAGUUUGUAGGAUUUUUUUUCUCCUGUGUGUUUUUUUUUCCUACUCUAAAAACCUAACUGCGCUUUUAGAUGAAGCAGAGCAGAAAAAAACGUGAUGCGAACGGGUGUCUGUCAGUUAUUGUGUGGUGUGUGAUGGUGAUGAUAACGUAGAGCAGAAAGUUGGAUUUUGUUCUUGUCAACAUCCGCUCAUAAUACGCAGCCCUGUGUAACGUUUGUGUUCAUUACUUGUUACGGAUUAGUGUUUGCUAGCUCGAGCAAACGGCAAGAUGUUUAGUAAGGCGCGAGAGAACAGUAAAUUUGGCUUAUUCAGCAGAGUAUAAGAAGGGAAAGACAACAGUUAUGUUUUUAUUUGUUGUAUAUUUCAUUACCCGCAAAUGCAAGCAGAAAUGCCGAAAUUAUUUCGAUAUUCAAAUUACGGGAGAACUAGAAGAUUACCGCUAGAAGACUAGAAGAUUACCGCUAUUGCGAUGGUUAGACGUUCCUUGUGUGCGUUAUGUCUGCAUGAGGGGAUAGAACUAGAACAGAAGAUCUUGUUAAAAGUUAAUAACUUUUGUUUUCAUACAUUGUAACACUACAGUACUGUUGUUUUUUUUUGCGUAAAUACAUACAUACUAAAAUAAGAAUUUUUGAAAAAUUUUAUUAGUGUUAUUAGGAUUUAUAUUCAAUUAGGAUUUUUUAUUCAAAGAAGUUGAUUUUAUAGGACCAUGAGGAGGGCAGGUGAACAGGUGUUUGCAAAUGAGGGAGGGAGGAGAAGGGAAUACGAGUAGUCAUGCCAACGCACAGAUCAGCGACUCCUUUCACUCGAGUACAUAAAGCAGGAUCUCUACAUAAACAGACUCCCAACUACAUUUUAGUCCUCCCGGUUUAUUUCACUAUUUUCCGUUGAUACCCGUCCAAACAUUACACGUUAUCCGUCAAUUGUUAAGGUUGAACGAAUCUUCAAUACGCUAAAUCGAAAGUUUCUCUAAACAAGUCGUUGAGCCGUGCAAGUCGUUUCCUCCCUCCUAAUCACGAUGAAUUAAAAAUGAUCAUGCAGCGCCACUGACAUAGAAAAUUGCGCUCCCAUGCCAUUUUCCCGAGUUGUACUUUUUAUAGUUUGGUAAGUGUUUUUUUUUUAAUUACAAUUUAAUGCUAAGAGUGUAAUAAUACACAAUCAACAGACAUUAGGCAGCGUUGCUAGUACAUAUUUGGGGCGUUUUUUUAUAAAUUGGAUUAGGGUUUUUUUUGUUGGAUUUCACAUAUGAGGAAGGAUUUCUUUAUACUGUUCGCGUAAGGCAAUAAGUAUACACACUAAUUUUACGACGACACUAUUACUAUUUACAAUAAUAGUACUACUAUGACUACUGUUUUACAGCAUUAUAUUAGCUUUUUUUUUGUUUGUAUAAAUGUUUUUUUGCCGAACCUUAACAAAUUUGGUGUUUUGUUUUACUUCUUUUAAUCGAGUUGAUGUUUUCUCGGCAUGUGUCAGAGUUAAGCUCCUGUGUGGGGAUUAUCGUUGGAUGGAAAGUAUAAACAAAUCAGGAAAGAAAACUAAAUGAAACAAUACACAGAAUGCAAGCAUUGGUAAGAAUUUGCCCUAUUUUUUUUAAAUCAUAUCUGCAGUGUAGUGAAAGCAUUCACAGACAGACAUGAAUGAGUUUCAACAGAUGGUUUGAGGUAAUUGCAGGUGGGUUCUAUUGACGUAAUUAAACAAAGGCGAUUUGAAAUAAGCCAUAGCAUUUUAUUUUUUGCAACCUCGCAUCUUUUGGACGCACAUUGUACAUUAACAUACGGUUAUUAUGACAUAAGCCUAAGGAAUGAUUUUACCUUUGUGGAAGGGUAGAGAAUCAAAGGGAAAUUAAUCUAGAAAGGAAACGUAAUUGCAAGGAAGGAAUACAAACAAAUUGUACCUAGAACAACGGACCUUAGGGCAGAUGCGCACCACACGUCCAUUCUACCUAUUGCAAAUUGUAACCUCUGGUCCACUGUGGACGAAUGAACGGAGAAAACAAAAAAACCAGUGCUUUACUUACUUAUAUACAUUAUAUUCGGAAACCUAAUUAGCGAUCACUUCUACCGAAGUCAAAUUCCUGCACGUUCAUUAAUUAUAUCGUACAUUCUAAACAGAACAAAGAAACUAUCUAUAUACUAAACGAUAACUAUGAUAAAGAUAUAGCUAUACAGACACAUAUGUAUGCAUUAAACAUAUAUGUGCAUAUAUAAGCAGACUUCAAAAUCCCAAAGGAAUAACUGAUAUGAGAAAAGGGAAGCAAAACGAUAUAAAUGCAUCUUCUGAAAAUUAUUAUUAAACCACUACUACCAUGUAUCUGGGAUCGUAGACAUCACCCCAGGUAUCUUUACGUAAAAAUAAGCAUAUGCAAGAACCCACCAUAAACCACGUGUAUAGUAUCCUUCGCUGAUUUUUUUUUGUAUUCUUGUAAGGAAUUGAUUGUGUUUGUAUACGAUUUGCUCAACUUUUAUGGUGUAACAUUUUUGCAACAGACGACUGUUUUUUUUUUAAAUCUUGUUGUGGACUAACGCAACCGUACGCCUCGCCAAACACAAUCAAUAAUUUUUGGCUGCUAAACCAUUUCGUGAUAACCACAUUUAGUAACGUUUUUAUGUUUUGUUUCUCGUUUUUGCUCCUACAAUUUAAAUCUCACAUCAGGUUUAACGUUUAUUCCUUCCCUGUCUCUCUCUCUUUCUAUCUCUCCCUUUUUAUCUCUCUUUCUAUAUUUUUCUCUCUCCAAUGAUCGAUUGCAAUUGAAAUCAGAAACAAGCCCAUAACGAUGUUAUUAUUUCAUAGUUUUUUUUAAAUCAACACCGAUUAGAAUUGUUAAGAACGAACGUGAUCUAAAGUUAUGUAAAACCAUAUCGAACAAAAAAAAACACAACCAUCAUAAAAAAACAAUACAGAAAAGUGGCAAAGGGUGAGAGAGUUUGCGUGAGAGACAAAAACAUUAGACAAAAACAUCAAAACACACGCAGAGGAUAACUGAUUGAUGUUCCGUUAAAAAGUGUAUAGCAGAGGUGGGGGAGGUAUUGCGUUUAUAGUUUGUUUCUUAAAAAUCUCAGCGUAUCCAGGAGGGUGAUUCCAAACGUUUUAUCUUACGUAGAAAACUGCAUACUCCGGCUCAGACUUUAUAGGUUAUGGACGAAAAAGCUACUGCAUCACCCUUUUCAUUCAAUGCUUUAAUCUUUCAAAAUAGUGCAGCUGGCUAUGAAUAACAACAACAAAAAACACAUACAAUCGGGUGCAGAAAGUUAAGGGAAAUUCUCAGCAACAUCAGAUGAUCCAAUGCUAUUUGCGGGCGGAAAUUAAAGAAAAUAAAGGUGGUUCACAAAGACAAAUACCCUUCUUCCCAAAGUUCCUCACCUAUAACCAAGGUGAAAAAGAUGACCGUUAAAAAGAGAGAGAGAGAGAGAGAGAGAGAGAGAGAGAGAGAGAGAGAGAGAGAGAGAGAGAGAGAGAUAGAGAGAACUGUAAUGGAAAAGGAGAACGACCGAAUAGAGAAUAAAUUAGCAUAAUACGCUAACUAUUGUUUGCAGUUAAAAAAAAGGCAUUGAUUCGAGUAUGGUAGUUAGUUGAAACAAAGUCGCAGAAGAAAAAUAAAAAUGAACUAUUAUCGUCGAUUGUUACAUAAAACAAGAUAAAAUCCAUACAUGAAAAAAUAUAAGAAAAUCCCUCUCCCUGCUUACAAUCAAACAUGUGAUUGGUGGUCGGGAAGAAAAACAAAAAACAAGUUGUCUUCAUGUGUCCUUUACUGAAAG